AUGACUCCACUGUGGCUGUUCCUGGGCCUCCUGGCCCUGACUGGCUGCUCUGAAGGCGGCAGCUGGGGAUGCUAUGGAAACAUUCGCACCCUGCAAACCCCAGGAGCGUCUUGUGGGUUUGGAAGACGUUACGGCCUGACUUACUGCGGGGUCCGUGCUUCUGAAAGGCUGGCUGAAAUAGACAGACCCUACCUUCUGAGAUACAAACCCACGAUGAGAGUGAUCGCCAAAAAGUACUGCGUGGAUCCUGCCGUGAUCGCUGGUGUCCUGUCCAGGGAGUCUCAGGGUGGCAAUUUUGUGGUGGAUAUGGGCGACGUGGGCAGCGCAGUCGGGGACCCAAAAUUCUACCCUCCUACAUCCUGGAAGAGUGAGUCCUGGGUUUCCCAGAAAACCGAGACUCUGACUUCUAGAAUCAAAGAGGUCAAGACUAGGUUUCCAAGCUGGACCCCCGACCAGUACCUGAGAGGCGGACUCUGUGCCUACAGUAAUGGCCCUAGCUUUGUCCGAAGCAACCAGGACCUGAACUGUGACUUCUGCAAUGACGUCCUUGCUCGAGCCAAAUACUUCAAGGACCACGGCUUCUAGGACCUCGGAGGAAGCUCAAGUUCAUCAUCAUGCACAAGGGCUCACCUGUUCACCAAACCGCAAAAUCUGAUUUGGAUUUGAAGGCUGUCAA